CGAAUUUGGUACACAUAUAUACCUCUCUCUUUCGCUGGUUGUACAGGGAUCUUUAUUCUCUUUGUUUGCUGAAUCGUAUGAAGCUGGACUCAAGCAGUGUUUUUCAAGAAACGUGGAAACUGGUGGAAGCAUCUUACGAGCUGUCACUACUUAUUGCAAAAACAAAGAAGCCUCACUCUGUGGGGGAGACUCUUGUAAAACCCUGCAUUUUGAGUGCUGCAAAUACUGUGCUUGGGGAAGAAAGCCAAAGAAAGUUAUCAAAGAUUUCCUUAUCAGAUAACACAGUGAAGCGUCGCAUUGACGAACUUUCAGAAGACAUAAAAGAACAAGUUUUGGACAAAAUAAAAGCAUCUCGCUUCUUUGCAAUACAGUGCGAUGAAAGUACUGAUGCUGCUCACCUCUGCCAGCUGCUUGUUUAUUCUCGAUUCGUGGAUGAAGGAACUGUGAAAGAAGAAAUUCUUUUCUCAGCAGCACUGGAGACAACAGCAAAGGCCAUCAAUGUUUUUUCAAAGGUUGAUGAGUUUUUCCAAGAGCACGGUCUUUCAUGGGAAAAAUUAGUCGGUGUUUGUACUGAUGGUGCCCCAUCAAUGAUUGGAUCUCGCUCUGGAUUUGUGAAGCUGGUGAAGAAAAAAAAUCCUGCUGUAACUGGGACUCACUGUGUUAUCCACAGACAAUCAUUAGCAAGCAAAACUCUGCCUGGUAAUCUACGCAGUUCACUGAAUUUGGAAAUAAAAGUGGUGAAUUUUGUAAAGAAUAGCUCUUUGAAUUCUAGGCUUUUCGCAGCUCUUUGCUCAGAUUUGGGCACUGAUUACAAGACUCUCCUGUUUCACACCGAAGUCCGCUGGCUUUCCAAGGGAAACAUGCUGAGUCGUCUUUACGAGCUCAAAGAUGAAGUGAAAAUUUUCUUGCAGAAGCAGAAACAAGACAAACUGUAUGAAGCAUUCAGAGAGGAAGACUUUCAGCUCUCACUAGCAUACCUUGUGGACUUUUUUGAGGCUAUCAACAACCUCAAUUUGAAGCUACAAGGAAGAAACACAAACAUCAUUGCACACUCUGAUGUGAUCAGAGCUUUCACCGAAAAAUUCAUCUUUGGAAACGAAAAGUACAAGUUGGGAACUUUUCAUCGUUCUCACAUCUGA